AACCUCCAAUAUUCUUACGAAAAGGGUCGUGGAGCGACGAGCGCAUAAAAAGUCGGGCUGUGGUGAUGCUGCAGCUCGGCGUUAGUGCAGCUCCGGUCACUUGGCACGCUUUGAGAGAGGACGCAUGAACCCAUGGCGCACAAGGUAACUUUUAAAAGUCUUUCAAAUAGCGACCGCGUGCGUCAUUUUUUUCUUCGCUUUUAACACGCGGCUUAUGAUUCAGUCUGAUCGUUAUUUUAUUUCAGAUUUUUUUUUUUUUUUUUACACGUUGGUUGAUCUGAUUUUCUGCUUGAAACCAGAAAUAGAUCUAGGCGUUAAAUAAAUAAAUAAAUAAACAGGCCAGACAUAUAGUAGAUGCACUGGACCUGAUGAUGGACGUCUUUUUUUUCCAACGGGAAGAUUUCUCAGAAUAGAUAGGCUAACUCACUGACAUUGCUUAGCUCAGAUAUUCUGAAAAGAAACACAAGAUCGCUCAAAGCCAUGCCUCGGCCAGGCAAGAACUCCUACAGUGACCAGAAACCUCCUUACUCCUACAUCUCUCUGACUGCCAUGGCCAUCCAGAACUCCUCAGAGAAGAUGCUCCCUCUAAGCGACAUCUACAAAUUCAUCAUGGACCGCUUCCCGUACUACCGCGAGAACACGCAGCGCUGGCAGAACUCACUCCGUCACAACCUGUCCUUCAACGACUGCUUCAUCAAGAUCCCACGGCGCCCUGACCAGCCUGGCAAGGGCAGUUUCUGGGCACUGCACCCGGACUGUGGGGACAUGUUCGAGAACGGCAGUUUCCUGCGUCGUCGCAAGCGCUUCAAGGUGCUCCGUAUGGAGCACCCCGCCUGUAAGAGUGCCCCCAUCCUUCACCCGUACCACCCUCACGGCCAGCAUCAUCACCCACAUCAUGCGCACCAGCACGCAAACAAGCUUAGUAUGGGGCACCCUGACUACCUGGGCACAGUAGGGCGCCUGUCCCACUUCCAGAGCUAUGCAUUGGGAGGUGGGCAGAGCGGAGGCUUUAAACACCCAUUUGCAAUUGAGAGCCUAAUCGGACGAGACUACAAGGGUGUGAUGGCGGGUGGGCUGCCCAUCGCCUCUGUCAUGCAUCACCUGGGCUACUCAGUACCCAGCGUGGUCAACUCCGUCUGGCCACAUGUCGGUGUGCUCUCUGAAUCGACCCCUGUCUCAUCUGAGUACCCGCCAUUUGGGGUAGCAGUCAAGGGACUGUACCACCACACGGGAAGCCCUAACAUGCCUGCUGUGCCUGUUCCCAUUAAGCCCACACCGACACUAGGUGCUGUGCCAUCUCUGACAGGCCUGGCACCAGGGGCAGCUCAGCUCUGCACCCGGAUGGACAGAGAAGUGACAGAUCUGAUGGAGGACAAAACCGGAGCUCUUCAUCCCUCUCUGCUGCAGUCCUGAAAUGAAAGCGAUACAGUAAGAGUGUCGUGAUGUGAGGGUACGUACAGCUGCAUGCUUUGGACACUAUUCCAUACAAGUAACCACAAGAGA